AGAUUAUUAGAUAAAUGUAAACCACCGAUGAAUAUUGAUUGAUAAAAAUCGAACAAUGAACGAACUACUUCAGAAACAUGGAUGUGCCAAUGUGUUCUCAGUGCCUGAAGGUCUUAAAGAACUCAUGACUGAUAUAUCAAGGGAAGUGCUUCGAGAGCAACCAGCAAAGAUCUUUGAUUUCAUAUCCAGCUACCUAUCGGUGCUGCUGAUAACCCGCGAACACGGUGUCAUGGCAGUCAAGAUCCUGGAUGACCUCUGCGACUGCCGACCAUCGGUAUCGGAACAUUUGAUCGCGCUGGGAUUCGAAAGAUCUGAUUCGAACAAGUUCGCCGAUAUCAUAAAGGAGGAAAUUGAGCAAUUUGAACCAAAUGAUGAUAAUGGAACAAUAAAAGAAGUGAAAAUAAUGAAACGAAUACUUUUGAUGUCUAGCUUAGACGAGGUGAUGUCGGCAAAGGUAUGCCAAGUAGCAAGAAACGCCUACCGGGACUUUUGGUAUAGGAAGAAAAUGCUAGAACAGUCUUUGAAAACAAAGCCAGAUGAGCCAUGGGAGAUUGCUGCUGAGAAAACAUUACAGAUAUACAAACAAACUAAGCCAUCCUUCAAUGAACUGAAUAGAGCCGCAGUAAAAAUUCAGGCUGCUUACAGAGGAUAUCACAUAAGACGAAAUGUUCUUACCCAUUUGAAGCCCACGCCAAAGAAGCGAGGACCUAAAGUGGACCUACAUGGAGCGCCCCUGGAUAUUUCGGACUCUAGAGAAAUAGACUUGGGUAAUGUUAUUGAAAUAUCCGUCCCCAAAGAUGACAUCCUGGAAAUGUUCGGAGAACACGCCACAAAAAAACUGGGUCUGCCUUUCAACCCAAUGCUGACGUUAACCCAUGUUGCUGACACGGAGUCGUUAGAUGCGGAGUCUCACCGCCGGGUCAGCAGAGCCUCUGAACCAGUAUCAGCAGUGGAUGAACUAAAAGUAGAGCCUAUUAGUUUCCCUCAAGGUCGUCAUAGCUAUGAAUCGGAAGGCGCUGUUGAGGCGAUGGUGGCUCCUGCUCCACCUUCCUCGCAGACUGCCUCCUUGCACAAGAUCUCAUUCUCUGAGGUGCCACCAGAAAUAAUACCAGAAGCACCAGUGAUUGACGAAGUGGAGGAGAUAAUGAAGCCAGUGUAUUUUGAAGCAGCUGAAGCGGCAGAAUCGGAGAUACCUGAAGAUAUUCCUGAUGAUGUGACGGAGGGUGAAACUAGUGAAGCUACAGACGUACCCUCCGUACCAGAGACCGGUGAAGAGAGCGAAGUGGAAGAUGAUGCCAACCCUGUCAUCACCGAUGAAGAGGAAGGAUAGAUAAUGACUAGCUGCUGCUGUGUUUGCUUGUUGAUUAUGUUUGAAUAA